AAACCAAACAAAAUUUCCAAACAAAACACAAAAUGGUUCGCAAAAAAAAAGGUUUCGGCAGAGCAACUAAAGAUACCGAAUCAGGUCGAGAACGCACAAAACGUCUAAAACACCAAAAGGAAGUGCGACAACGCUUUUACGAGAACGAAACUCCCGAACAUCGCGAAGAACGUCUCAGGAAGGCAAAGGAACGUCGCCAAAGACGCCUUGCUGAACUCGCGAAAGAGACUGCCGACAAAUUUGUCGAAGAUAUUUCGCGAAUUGUGCCGAAACAGAAGAAAAAGAAGCCAAAUGAGGACUUUGGGGACCAUCCAGCGAUCUCUUUUGACAAAUUUUUGGGCGUAAAAGCGGAAAAAAUCGACAAAAAAUUAAUUACAAAAGAAAUUUUUUCUGAACCGGAAGAAAAUUUGGAUGAAAUUGUGGAGUCUGAGAGUGAAGAAGAUGAAGAUUCGCCCUCAGAAAGUUAUAAAUUGAACAUUUUCAAAGUUCGAUUGUUCGAUUUGCAACGAAAAAUUGAUCUGGCAGAGGAUUUAUUGAACCACGAAAGACUGAAAUCGAAGAAAUUGUGUCAGGAAAUGACGGAUUUGCGGAAAAAAGCUCUCAAAUUGGAGGAAAUGUACGGAAUUCCGAUACUUUAG